AUUUUCGUUCAUUUUCAACCGGCAAUAAAACGCUGCUUGUAAGGUAUUCGGAGUUGGGGUUAGAAACUCUUUCAAAAUUGAAUCGUUUACUAAGCGAGGCGAAUUGAGGUCGAUAAAAGUUUGGAGUGGAGCUCGAACCUGAUUAUGCUCAGUCGACAUGCUCGUGAGAGCCAUAAACCAGCUUGUACGUGAAACUCGAACCCGUCUCUCUCUCACUUUCACAAGCCUCACUCCCUCCUUCACACCAAAUCCCCAAAAUCCAUUCUUCUCUGCCGCUGCUCCGCCUCCGCUCGCCAUCCAAGCUGACGAAAGAUUCCAACACUCAAGGUUGAUGGAAAGGCAUCUCAAGCCAGCUGGAAACCCCACUUUUAUUACCUUGGCUCAUUCUAACAGAAGUGGUGGGAGCAGAGGUAGAAGAAUAGAGACAAAAGAUUACCACGAAAGAUCAAGAGGAAAUUGCUGCAUCUCUUUUGGAGAUAACAAGAUUGAUGCACUUGGCAGACUGCUAACGCGCAUAUUGAGACAUAAGGCCUCUGAGUUGAAUAUAUAUAUGAGGAAUGAUGGCUAUGUCAAGGUCCAAGAUCUGCUCAAGUUAAAUCUGAAAACUAUGGCGAAUAUUCCGCUGCGAUCACACACAGUUGAAGAUAUUAGAGAGGUUGUCAGACAUGAUAACAAGCAGCGGUUUAGCCUGCUGGAAGAAAAUGGAGAGCUGUUGCUACGUGCAAACCAAGGUCACAGUAUAGCGACAGUGGAAACAGAGAGCCUGCUGAAACCCAUACUUUCACCUGAAGAAGUUCCAGUUUGCGUGCAUGGGACCUACAAGAGUAACUUGGAAUCAAUCCUAAGGGAGGGUCUCAAGCGCAUGCAGAGGUUACACGUGCAUUUCUCCAGUGGCUUGCCGAGGAAUGUAGAAGUUGUUAGUGGUAUGAGGCGAGACGUUGACACAUUAAUCUUUCUCGAUGUGAGAAAAUCCCUGGAAGAGGGAAUGAAACUUUACGUAUCCGACAACAGGGUGAUUUUAACCGAGGGUUUUGAUGGAGUGGUGCCCGUGAAGUACUUCCAGAAGAUUGAAGCAUGGCCUCAGAGACGGCCCAUAUGUUUUAGAUAGAAACAGGCAUUCCAAUCGAAACUUUCUCUUUCGAGGUAAACGGAGAUGUUUAUGUCUGCUUAGAUGAUCUCUGUUUAUUUGCUGUUAUGUAAAAUUCUAGGUCCUAUAAAAAUUUUGCAUCUACGAAACUGAUUGAUUCAUAUGUUUGAGAACCAUGUUUUGGUGGACUCUUUAUGAAAAUGAGAAGUAUUACACACUUAGCCCACGUUUGGUUGGGUGUUUUAA